CUUGAGUCUUCAGGGGAAGGAGAAAGGAAAAAAGAAUAAAACAAGCGGUAGAAAGGAGGAGCUGUUGUACAAUAAUUUGAAUCUAGGUGUAACAGUGGGUGAUAAAGCAGAUGGCGUCUACACCAAUUUUGCCAAUGGGGAAGAUUUGGGAAACACAAAUCAAAACCAAGAACCUUACUCCUCCAAGAGCCAUGUUGUGUCUUCACAAGUAACAACAUGCAACGACCUCAGGAAUAUCCAUGACAACAGGCAGAUCUCUUCAAAGAGUGUUUACAGCUUUGACAUCCCAGAAAAUGUAAUGCCAGGCACUGUGGUGGGCUUAGUAACAACUUCUGCUCCAAAUCGUGGAGUCGAUGACAAGGUGUACGCAAUUCAAGAAGAUGAUGGGAAUGGUCUCUUUGUUAUUAAUCCAGCUACCGGAAAUUUUACUCUGACUCGUUCUUUAGACUUCGAGUCUGCAAAGUAUUACAUUCUCACUGUGAAAGUUUUGAAUACAGAUGAGCAAUUCAGUCUGAUUCGGGCUUACUUCAAUGUGCUGGAUAUCAAUGACAACCCUCCAGUGUUCCAUCCUGAUUCCUACAGUAUUAACAUAAUGGAAAAUGUCCCCAUUGGCACCAGUAUUUUAACCCUGAAUGUAACUGAUGCUGAUGAAGGUCCAAAUGCUGCUUUGACAUUUAAAAUAAUCUCGGGGGAUCAUAAUGGACAGUUUGUAGUUGACAGAAGUGCUGUACUUACGGUCCAAAAGACAUUAGAUCGAGAACACCAGUCUGUCUAUACUUUAAUUGUGCAAGCUGUUGAUCAGCCUCAAUGUGAUUCAACAUGUUUCACAAGUAGUGCAUGGAUAACUGUGAAGCUCAAUGACGUGAAUGAUAACGCACCUGAGUUCAGAACUGCAAACACUAUCUACCUUCCUGAAGAUACUUCUAUUGGUUCAGUAAUAAUGACAGUAACAGCUGUGGAUCUGGACAGUGGGCUCAAUGGCCAGGUUGAAUACUCUCUGCAGGAGCUCUCAAGGAACAAGUUUAGCAUCGAUGCAACAAGCGGAGAACUUAGCAUCAUUGGAGAUAUUGAUGGAGAAAAAAUUGAGAGGGUUAUAAUAGAUGUGAUUGCCUCAGACGAAGGAGAGCCAUCACUAUCUUCCUCAAUGAGCAUUACAGUAAUCAUUAUUGAUGUGAAUGACAACAGUCCUGUCUUCACGGAAAACAUUUAUAUUGUCACAGUGGAUGAAAAUAUACCUCGUGGCUCAGAUUUGCUUGUCGUUUCAGCUGCUGACUCUGAUGAAGGCAAAAAUGGACAAGUUCGAUAUAUUCUUAGUAGCAAGGACUUUUACAUUGAUUCAGUCACAGGAUUAAUCUCAGUUUCAGGAAAAUUGGAUCGUGAACAAACCCCAUGGUGUUCCUUUGUGGUAUUUGCAUUGGAUGGUGGAAAGAGUCCCAGGUCAGGGACAGCUACUGUCACUGUUAUACUGAGGGAUUUCAAUGAUUUUGCACCCAUCAUUCAGCCCAUGCAAAUGACUUUUCAUCUCAUGGAGAACACAAAUACUGUUCCAAAAAUUGUACAUCAGGUACUGGGACGUGAUGAUGACCUCAGUUCCAACAGUAAGCUGACCUAUCAGAUUAAUCGUGGAAAUGAAGAUGGCAAAUUCUCAAUCUCAGCAAGUGGAAGUCUCAGCCUAGUGCAGAGUCUAGACAGAGAGACUCAAGCAGAAUAUAUGCUGGUGGUGACCGCCACAGAUGCAGGUGAUCCACCACUUACUGGAUCUGGAACAAUCAGAAUAAUUGUUGAUGACCUCAAUGAUAACACUCCCAUUUUUGAUCAAAGUCAAUAUACUGUCACUGUCAGUGAAGAUGUCCCCAUUGGUUUUAAGGUUUUAACUAUCCAUGCAGUUGAUCCAGAUGCGGGAGAGAAUGGGCAAAUUAGCUACUCCAUGGAUUUUGGACAGUCUCCGUUCUCUAUUGACCCAAUCAGUGGAGAAAUAAUCACGGCUUCCACUUUAGACAGGGAAAUCCAGACAAGAUAUACACUGAUUGCUCUAGCUACAGACAAAAAUUACCUACAGCCGUUGUCCAGUUCAACCUUAGUGUUGGUCAUAAUAGGGGAUGUAAAUGAUGAGCCACCUCAGUUCCUGAAUGAUCCAUAUGUCGCAAAUGUCCCUGCAAUUCUAAAAGAGGGCUCAUUUGUUUACGCUGUAACGGCAAAGGAUAGAGAUGCAGGAAUAAACGCUGACCUGCGCUUUUCCUUAUCUGGUCCGAAUGCAAACAAAUUUACUGUUGAUCCAGUUAGAGGCGUGAUUUUCACAAAACAGGUAUUGAAAGGAUCAAUGGACAUUACAAUAAUUGUUAACGUAAUCGAUGGAGGAGAAGAUCCAAAAUCAGACAUUACAACUCUUACUGUGCGGUUUCAAAGCACCAAUGACUUCCCACAAUUCUUUGUGGAUAACAAAGUGCACAUCUAUCCAGAAGAUCAAGCAGUAAAUACUGUGAUUUCUAAGGUCAGUGCCUUAGGCAAUGUGAAAGGAAAAAUCAGACCUAUUCUCUUUUAUCUUGCAGCAGGCAACUUUGGAGAUGUGUUUCAAAUCAACCAGUUAACAGGAGAAUUGAAGCUAAAAAACAGAUUGGAUUUUGAGAUUGUAAAAUUUUACCAGCUUUGGAUUGAAGCCAGGAAUUUGUGUUCACCACCAUUUUCUUCCUAUGCCAGACUAGACAUCAAUGUUACAGAUGUAAAUGAUAAUUUUCCUGCAUUCAAACAGAAUAUCUACAGAUGUGAAGUAUAUGAGAAUGUUCCAGCCUGUGAUGUUUGCAAUGUAAAUGCAGCUGAUUUGGAUUCUGGUCUGAAUGGGUCCAUAAAAUAUCGUAUUUUUGAUGGAAAUGUCAAUGAUGCUUUUAACAUCAAUAGCUCCAGCGGAGUCAUAAGAACUGCUCGGAUGUUGGACAGGGAACAGAUGGCAUUAUAUACUUUAAUAGUUGAAGCAAAAGACCAAGGAAGCAACACCAAAACAGGCACAGCAACUGUCAUUAUAUCUGUUCUGGACAAAAAUGACAACGCUCCUCGGUUUUCCCAAAUCUUCCUUGCACAUGUUGCUGAAAAUGCUCCAGUUGGUUUUACCAUUCUACAGAUUGCAACAACAGAUGACGAUAUUGGUGUGAACGCUAUUAGUACAUACAGUAUUCCAAAUAAGACAGCAAGUCUGCCAUUUUGUGUGAAUCGAAGGACUGGAGAUUUAAUUGUGACAAGGUUAUUGGACAGGGAGGCGACAGAUUGGUACAUUGUAAGAGUACAUGCCAAUGAUUCAGCAUGGGAUGUAAACACAGAUGUCACCAUAUUUGUCAUUGAUACAAAUGACAAUACACCACAGUUUACUGAGCCAUUUUACAGUUUAACUAUUCCAGAACCUAAGGAGAAAGAAAUGUUUGUUCUGCAAAUAUCUGCCACUGACCCUGAUUUAGAAAGCAAUGGAAACAUUUUCUACUUCCUUCAGCCUCCACAUGAAUUCUUCAGAGUGAAUGCAACGACUGGCAAGAUCUUCACUAAGCAGCUCAUUCCAUUUAAAACCAUAAAUAACCCCAGUGCUGACUGGAACAAAAUUAAGUUUACUGUAACUGCCUCAGACCUUGGUGAGCCACCAAAUUUCAAUGAGACGACUGUAACAGUUACUAUUAUAGCUCGCAAUGAUCAUCCCCCUCUAUUUUUGCCACACAGACAGUUAAUUCCAGUUCCUGUGAAUUUGGAGCUCGGCACCAAAGUGAUUAAACUAAUUGCAGUUGAUGAAGACUUAUAUUUAAGUGGAGAAGUAGAAUAUUAUAUUACUGGAAACAAUGGUUCAUUUCUAUUUAGCAUUGAGAAAGAUAGUGGUUGGAUUUUUGUUGCAAACCCUUUAGCUUCAAGUCUGAAUAAAGUAUUCACUGUAUCAAUAACGGCAAAUGAUAAAGGCACACCACCACUUUCUUCUAGUACAACAGCCCACUUUCUGACUACUGAAGAAAAUAGGUUUGCCCCACAAUUUUUCUCCCUGCAAGUGUGUUAUUCCAUUCCUGAGGACUGGACUUCUGGUUCUGUCAUAGGUAAUCUUACUGCCUCUGAUAAUGACCAAGGGUUAAAUGGCCAAAUCAUGUACUCAAUAGUAGUUGACAAUGAUGGAGCAUAUUUUUCUAUUGGAAACACUACUGGGUUGCUCACCUUAGUCAGAAGUUUGGAUUUUGAAAUGGAUUCUGUUUACAGCCUACAGAUCUAUGCUCAAGAUGGUGGAUGGAUGUCAAAGACUGGUUCUGUUAAUGUUAUUAUACAAGUUGAAGAUAUCAAUGACAAUCCUCCAGUAUUUUGUGGUCAGGUAUUUUUUGCAAGUGUGGCAGAGAAUUCACCAUGUGGUACCACUGUCUUUACUGUUAAUGCUACAGACAAUGACUCUGGAAUCCAUGCUGAGAUAAGUUACGCUAUCGAAGGUGAACACACUGAAUUUUUUAUUGAUCCACAGUUUGGAAUAAUUACUGUGCAAGAGAUUUUAAAUUUUGAGCUGCGUCAGUUCUACGAAGUAACUGUCAGAGCAUUUAACACUCAUGACAGGAAUAAGUUCAGUCUGGCGAAAGUGUAUGUGAAUGUUACAGGUGUGAAUGAAUACAUCCCUCAAUUUGUUAAAACAUUCUAUCACUUUUCUGUUUCCGAGAAUGCACGUAAUGGAACUACUGUCGGCUAUGUUACUGCAACUGAUUGCGAUCUUGGUUUUGAUGGCAUGGUUGACUAUUUACUCAUAGGAAAAAGCAAAGAGAGAGGCUUUCAGAUCAAUGUGAGCUCUGGGGAGGUAGUUGUCUCUGGGAACAUGAAACAAAGCAGAGGUAGUCAGGUUCUUCUCCAAGUGCUUGCUAAGAACGCUGGAAGAAUACGUGGCUUUGAUGUGGAUGAAGCACUAAUCAAUAUUACUAUUCUUGAAGACCAUAAUGCCCGAAUUUUUAAAUCUGCCAUCUAUCAGACACAUGUGAGAGAAGAUUCACUUGUUGGUACUUCAGUCAUAUCUCUGAUGGCGAAUAACUCAGGCACCAUUCCAGAAUGGAAUCAGUUUGAGAUUCAAAUUAAAGACGGAAACAUAAAUAAUUCAUUUUCUGUCAAUUCUCAAACAGGUGAAGUAUGUAUUGCAUCUUCACUUGAUAGGGAAACCAUACCAUUUUAUAACUUGACCAUUACUGCUGUUAGUAGAGGGUCCAGCCCAACAACAGGUAAUGCACAAUUGAUCAUCAUAGUUGACGAUGUGAAUGACAAUGGUCCCAUUCUCGUUACUACUGAAGGAUAUGUAAUGGAGAAUCAACCACCUGGCACACAACUUAUUUACCUGAAUGCAACGGAUCUGGACUCACCCCCCAAUCGAGGGCCAUUCAGAUACCAGCUAGCAGCUAAAUUGUGUCAAGUUAUUGUGAACUACUGUGCAACGUCACCUUGCCUGGAGCUCGGGUCCUGUGUCAAGUUUCCCAAUGGAUAUGGUUGUGGCUGCCCUUUUGGAACAAGUGGGAAUGAAUGUGAUGGCAGCCUUGGAUUUGAAGAGCUCUCCUACACGGAACUCCCUUCUCUUGAUCCUAUGAACAAUAUGAUUUAUGUGGAACUUGCCACAGUAAAAGAAAAUUCCCUGAUCCUAUAUAACUAUGACAACAAAGAAAGUGCAGAGGGUGAAUUUCUUGCACUGGAAAUAAUAAAUGGUAAAAUUGAGUUUUCUUAUAAUCUUGGAAGUGGAAUUGUGCGGCUGGUAACUGAUCAAUAUGUGGCAGAUGGAGAGUUUCACAAGAUCUUUGCAACUAGGACGGGGAAGGUGGGAUCCCUGACUGUGGAUAAUUGCACCAAUGAUCAUCCAGCACAGUUCUGCUUUGUAAGCACCCCAGGCAUAGGCACAGAGAGAACUCUGGACCUGGAGAAAAAUCGAAUGGUAUUUGGAGGAAUCAAAUUGAUUGAACCCAUACUCCUUCGUCCAGAUCAAGCAAAAACGCAUGACUUCAUUGGUUGCAUUAAAGAAUUUAAACUGAACAAUAUUCCUAUUAAAUUUGCUGAGGCAUUGUCUUCAAAUAACAUCCUCACCAGUUGUCCUCGUGUGGGCCGAAUAUGUCAAGCCAAAACAUGCCUGAAUGGGGGAAUUUGCCUUGAUCGUUGGUCUUACUACCUAUGCCAGUGCCCGGAAGGUUUUACUGGACCCCACUGUGAAAAAGAGACAGCAAUAAAUUUCAAUGGACAAUUUCAUCUUGAUUAUUUCAUCAAAGAAAGUUAUAAACGUGAACAACUACUGAAAAACCACAUAAAAGGAAACAGAAACCAAAAAGGAGAUAAAGACAUCAGUAGCAUUGAAAUACAGUUCAGAACAGACUCAUCAGAAGGAAUUCUGCUCCAUAUACAAGGAAGUAUAAACUAUACCACAGUCAAGAUUAUGGACGGGCAGAUAAACUAUAUUUCUGAUGCUGCCUCGAUUGGUUACGUUGAACACUGUUUGAAUAUCUCAGUUUCUGAUGGCAAAUUCCAUACUUUCAAAAUGGAAAGUCAUGACUCAGUCACUCGACUGAUCCUUGACAAAAAACACAUCAAAAACAUCACACAUCCCACUCAGCAGCUGGGUGGAAUUUGGAUCUCCACCUUAUCUUUGGGGCAGGCACCGUUACUGCAGCUUGAUAAUCCAAAUGAACAAGAUGGCACAAAUCACUGCAGCUGCAAACCAGAUUUUAUUGGAUCUUUCUGUGAGUUCUGCGCGUCAACAAUUAAUGACUAUGCAGCCUGUCAGACAGGCAAUGUUCAGUUCCCACAAUGGAGCAUAGCAGUAAUCAUACCUGCUACUCUAGCAGUAAUUCCUCUGAUAGCUUUGUUUACCAAAUGUCUGCAUACUACUUUGAAAAAUAAGGGAACCAAAAUGAUUGAAUCAGUCCAAGCAGAUUGUGAGAACAAAACGUUCGAUGGUCAGGAUGAUGACGUUGACACAAAACGAUGCACUCUUGACAAUGCAGGAAAGCAGCCAGAUAUCCUCAAGGCAGAAAAUAGUUAUCACAUCAUGGAUGAAACAUUUAUUAGUGCUACAAGCAUGGAGCAGAAUAAGAACUGUAAUGGCCAAGCAUAUGACUUAGAGGUCAAUGACGUUAAUAAUGCAAGCAGUAUAGCUUCUUCAGAUUUUGACGUAAUUCAGUGCUGCACACAGUUCCAGGCCAGCAAUGAUCAUUAUACAAAUGUAAUUCUCCCUAGAAGCACACACAAUAAAUCUCAACCAUUCGUGGCUAUUGUGAAUCAAAGAAACAUCCAAUCUCCUGUAAAUCAACAAAGUGCUAUAGGCCACAAUCAAGUCCUGAGAAAUGGAUUUACAAAUCAACAUUUUCCUCAAAUGUGCUCAUCAGAAUGGUUUCCUUCAUCAGUCUUAAUUACAAAGCGAAAACAUUUCAUCAAUAAUCUUUAUUUGACUGACUAUGAAACAGACCAUCCCCACCAUGGUCAUUUUGACAGCAAGCAACCAAGUGAAGGAGGUAUCGAUAACUUGAGUUUUUGUGGAGAUGAUCAAAUUGAAACUUUACCUACCGUGUCAACACUUACGUCCAGCUCUAAACCCAACAGGGGAACGAUCCAGUUAAUUGAGAGACUCCCACUUGGUCUGUCUGUGGAAGAGGUGAAAAGAUUGAAUGCACCAACAAUUCACAAAUCAGUGAAGAGCACUGCUCAAAUAACUACACUGUCACAAGUUCCACAAAGAACUGUAGCCCAGGGACACCCUCCAGGUAUCCGUCCUUCUACAGACACUUCAUCUGAUAGUGAUUCCCAUAGUUCUUUCACUUGUUCAGAGUAUAACUAUGAAAGGGAACUUCCAGCAUACAGUCAUUCAUCUGUGCAUAGAUAUGCUCAACAAGAUUCAGGGAGAAAUAUUGUUGAGAAUGAAAGGAUGUUAAAUGAAAGGGAGAUUAGAUUACAAGGACAUGAAAAACAGCACGCAUCCAACAUGUGUUUAAUAGGCACUGAAAUUAUUACUGAGGAGGAUUCAGAUACUAAUGUGCAACCAUGUGAUGAUUCCCCUGUUAAUAAAACACACAACUGGGGUGAUAUUUUAAACUGGGGACCAAGAUUUGAAAUAUAUGUUGAGAUUUUCAAGGACCUUGCUCAGUUUCCAAGUGAACCAGGGAGUGAAAAUCAAUUUUCUACUGCUGGAGAGAGUGAGCAUGAAGAAUUUCUGUGAGACUCUAUUUAUAAAUCGCUUUAUAGAGCAAUCUCUGUAUAUU